CUUCUCCGGCCUUCUCGGCCACACAAAACGCCGUGAGGUGGUGACGACGGUGGGAAACCGAAGCUCUCUGGAACUACUCCGGCGAGCAUCGGAAGCACACGCACGAGGCCGCGGAACCUUCCGGAACCUUCGCUAGGAUGCUCUCCAGGUUCUCGGCGUGGUUCGUGAACCCGCGCCGGAACCCGCUGGCGCGCCUCCACCGGAACGCCGUCGCCGCCCGCCUCCGCAAAUACGGGCUCCGGUACGACGACCUGUACGACCCGUACCACGACCUGGACAUCAAGGAGGCGCUGGCGCGGCUGCCGCGGGAGGUGGUGGACGCCCGCAACCAGCGCCUGAAGCGGGCCAUGGACCUCUCCAUGAAGCACCAGUACCUCCCCGACGACGUCCAGGCAAUACAGGUGCCAUUCAGAAGCUACCUUUCUGACAUGCUUGCUCUUGUGAAAAAGGAGAAAGCAGAGCGUGAAGCUCUGGGAGCACUUCCCCUGUACCAGAGAACCAUCCCAUAAUGUGCUUUCUUCAUUAUGAUCUAACAAUGAGUGGCAAUAAGAUACAGCAGAUGAUACUAUAGUGUGCAUUAUGUGUAAUCAAAGACAUUGCCAGCCCAAUUCCCACUGUCUUAGCGCAAUGUAAUGAUUGAUGGAGCCAUGUAUAUUUGUGAACGCUUCAACAUUCAGUGCGUUUUGUGAACUGGAAUAUAUUGUUACUGAAGUCCGCUCGGUGCUACCGUUGCGGAGUAUAGUUUUGUGUCGAUUAUUUGCAGAUUAAUUCAAUGACUGAAUUGUACAUGAGCAGAUCA